AUGGAGAUGAAAAGAAUGGUUGUAUUUAUGGUGAUGAUGUUGAUGAUUGGAAACCUUAUAGUUGAAUCAGAAGUUAUAAACAACAGUUUUCGAAAAUGUUUCAAUAUUUGUUUUAACAUAUGUAUCAGUAGUCCAUUUGUACGAAAUAUAUUCGAAUGUUUCGGCAAAUGUACAAAGAAAUGUGGGAAACAAUGUGAAAUCGAUUGUGUUAAUCUUCGUUGUGUUUCUACUCAAGAUCCAAAAAAAGAGAUAGAUAUAAAGAAAGCAAAAGAAUGUGUGAAUUCAUGUUCAGAUAUGUGCGAUAAAAAAGACUGA